UGGGAUCCGGAGCCACCCUAGGACGAGGACGGUGCUGCAGCCUCUGGGCGUCCCUGUCAUGUUUCGCAAAGUGGUCCGGCAGAGCAAAUUCCGACAUGUGUUUGGGCAGCCUGUCAAGAAUGACCAGUGCUAUGAGGACAUCCGAGUGUCCCGUGUCACCUGGGACAGCACCUUCUGCGCCGUCAACCCCAAGUUCCUGGCAGUGAUUGUGGAGGCCAGCGGGGGCGGUGCCUUCCUGGUGCUCCCCCUAAGCAAGACCGGUCGCAUUGACAAGGCCUACCCAACAGUGUGUGGACACACAGGACCUGUCCUGGACAUCGACUGGUGCCCCCACAAUGACGAAGUCAUCGCCAGCGGCUCAGAGGAUUGCACGGUCAUGGUGUGGCAGAUCCCAGAGAACGGGCUGGUCUCCCCGCUGACAGAGCCGGUGGUGGUGCUUGAGGGGCACACCAAGAGAGUGGGCAUCGUCACCUGGCACCCAACUGCCCGCAACGUGCUGCUUAGCGCAGGCUGCGACAACAUGGUGCUCAUCUGGAACGUGGGCACGGCGGAGGAGCUGUACCGCCUGGACAGCCUGCACCCCGACCUCAUCUACAACGUCAGCUGGAACCGCAAUGGCAGCCUCUUCUGCACCGCGUGCAAGGACAAGAGCGUGCGCGUCAUCGACCCCCGCCGGGGGACCCUGGUGGCGGAGCGGGAGAAGGCUCACGAGGGAGCCCGGCCCAUGAGGGCCAUCUUCCUGGCCGAUGGCAAGGUGUUCACCACGGGCUUCAGCCGCAUGAGCGAGCGGCAGCUGGCGCUCUGGGAUCCAGAAAACUUCGGGGAGCCCAUGGCCCUGCAGGAGUUGGACUCUAGCAAUGGAGCUCUGUUGCCCUUCUACGACCCUGAUACCAACGUGGUCUACGUCUGUGGCAAGGGCGACUCCAGCAUCCGGUACUUUGAGAUCACAGACGAGCCCCCCUACAUCCACUUCCUGAAUACAUUCACCAGCAAAGAGCCCCAGAGGGGCAUGGGGAGCAUGCCCAAGAGGGGCUUGGAGGUCAGCAAGUGUGAGAUUGCCCGGUUCUACAAACUGCACGAGCGCAAGUGUGAGCCCAUUGUCAUGACUGUGCCAAGAAAGUCGGACCUCUUCCAGGAUGAUCUGUAUCCCGACACGGCCGGGCCCGAGGCGGCCCUGGAGGCAGAGGAGUGGGUGAGCGGGCGGGACGCCAGCCCCAUCCUCAUCUCCCUGCGGGAGGCCUACGUGCCCAGCAAACAGCGGGAUCUGAAGGUCAGCCGGCGCAAUGUGUUGUCGGACAGCCGGCCCGCCGCGGCCCCUGGUGCCCCCCGCCUGGGACCCUCCAUGCCUGCGGCUUCCACCAACAUCGCCGCGUUCAGUGGCAGCCUCGCCGGAGCUGGGGAGGCCGGGAAGCUGGAGGAGGUGAUGCAGGAGCUGCAGGCGCUGAGAGCGCUGGUCCAGGAGCAGGGCGAGCGCAUUGGCCGCCUGGAGGAGCAGCUCAGCCGCAUGGAGAAUGGAGAUGCCUAGGUCCCCGGCCCGCGAACGCUGCUCCCUGUCACCUCCUUCCCCCCACCCCUUUCUCACUCAGCCUCUGUCACACCGACUGCAGGCUGGCUACCCCCCUGCCCCCUGCUGAGGGUUUCUGGGGCAGGUUCAGGGGAGGUGGGGGGCGGGGGGAGCCCUCCCUCGGUCCCAGGCUGGAGCCACCGCUAGGCUUUGGGCUUUGGUCUUUGUUACUAUUGGAGGAUUUUUGUACCAAGGAGCACUUAUAUUGUGAGGGACCACCUCCCCCGCCCCCCCGCCAGCAAAGCAGGAGGGUUG